AUAGACGCGGUUGUGUUACGUUAUUUUGACAAAAGGUAUUUAGAGUGUCGCGCUACAGAAAGUGGUACAUCAUCAGAAUGUGGUACUGGUACCAAAACUUGAUCCGUGUGACGUCAAAAAAUGGUACGCUGUCAGUGUUGUGAUUGACUGCUGCACAAAUCACUAGGAACAAGACAAAGUAGUUUACACACAGAAUCCUACAUAUUUACAAUGUUAGAUAACAGAAGCUGUUGCUCAUCAGUUAGUCAUAUAUUUGUUGAAUUGGUAAAAAAAAAAAAAAACAAUUAUAUUAUUAUUAUUUGUUUAUUUAGCAGACGCCGUUAUCCAAGGCGACUUACAGAGACUCGGGUGUGUGAACUAUGCAUCAGCUGCAGAGUCACUUACAUUUAUGUCUCACCCGAAAGACGGAGCACAAGGAGGUUAAGUGACUUGCUCAGGGUCACAAAAUGAGUCAGUGGCUGAGGUGGGAUUUGAACCGGGGACCUCCUGGUUACAAGCCCUUUUCUUUAACCACUGGACCACACAGCCUCCUAUUAAAAUGAACUUUAGAGGCCAACAGUAUCAUUUGUUCAGAUGAGCGUUUCCUUGUUUUCUGAGCUAAAAUUAUUUGCACAGCCCGGGCAAGCGCAGUACAUGGAGUACCACGUUUUAACAUGUACCGCAAAAUAACACGACCUGGGACUUUUUUAACAUAACAUUUACUGUUAUACAGGCUUUUCAGCACGAUAGGCUUUUUACAGUAUAUAGCGAAUAUUAAUGGGCUUUUCCACAUGGAUAGACAUUCUGUAAUAACACAGGGAUGUGGCAAAAACAAUGCUGAAGCAACCUUAUAUAACAUUUGUUAUUUUGCACAGUUUAAGCUGUGUCUGAAUGAACCACUCGCAGCGAGUCCAGCCUUUGAUAUGGAGACACUCCGCACUCACUUAACUUGAGCUUACAUUAAACUAUAAUGUGGGCACAUUUUAAGGUCUUUAUUGUAAAAAGGUCUUCACAGAAUUAAAAAAAAUAACUUAAUACAGUCAGUAAACUUCUUUAGUAACAAAACUAAUCUGUACACAAAAUAUUAAGGCAUUGUCGGGUGUUCAAUAUGCUUUUAGUACUCGCAUACACACACACGCGCACACACACACACACACACGUGUGGAAGGCCGUCCGGGUCAGAAACACACUAUUUAGUGCAUCUUCAAAUAUUUAGUACAUGCAGAGGCACUGGCCCCUCCAAUAAUCAUCUCCAAAAUAUUGAUUUCUGCCCUUUCUGUCACUGACACUCACACACUAAACGUAUUUCCUCAUAAAGUGCAGUUAUGGACGUGUGUGUACUUGGUUUGCACAUGUCCCGUCCCCCCCCCCCCCCCCAAUAAGAAAUAAGUAAUAAUAAUAAUGUGCAGUUAAGGACUGGCGCGUGUGUCCCUUUAAUGUUUGAGUCCAGCUGUAGUAGUACAAUUAGUGGAUAAACCGCACAUUUUAAAAAUGAUGCUAUUUUAUGCUAAACUGAAAACUGUUAAUAUACUAAAGGGAAAGCACUUGUGAAGCUGAAUCGAGAGCUUCAAUGCAGAGUUCCUGAAAUGCAGUGUGAUUUAUUCGUACACCACAUUGAGCCUGUUUUAACACUCGGGAAUCGGACAAUGCAAUUUUUAGACAAUAACAAAACAUCUGAUUUUUUUAAAAUACAAAACAAAACACAAGGCUGCGCCGUCAUAUUUAUACAUUCUAUUAAUAAUACAGUCAUAUUUAUACAUUCUAUUAAUAAUAGUCAUAUUUAUACAUUCUAUUAAUAAUAGUCAUAUUUAUACAUUCUAUUAAUAAUACAGUCAUAUUUAUACAUUCUAUUAAUAAUACAGUCAUAUUUAUACAUUCUAUUAGUAAUACAAAGCCUCUAUACAAGCAGGGCUGUGCCCUGCCCCCGCUAAUAGUGUGCAGGGCUCUCUCCUGCUGCCCUGCUGCAGGCUCUCUUACAACCGUAUUGUCAAUAAAAUGCACAGUAUUACUACAUUUAUAAUACUUUUCAUUGUACUGUCAAUGAAAUUUGAUUUCAGUGUUACUGUAGCUUCAGUAGAAACUCACAGUAUGCAUUUGGCAUUAUUUUAUUACUGUAACGUCAAGCUUGGCAAAUGUCUGUGAUAUUCUUUGAGCGCUGGAUGCGGAAGCAGGUAUCUUGUUUGUUUAUGUCCGUGUUAUGUCUGUGUUGAAGGGACUAUCUAUCUGACUAUCUGUACAGAUCCGCCUCCUUUUUUUUUUUUCGGCUGCUAUCGGUCUCACUCAGCCAUUGAAAGCUUUUCUCUGCUUUUUCCUGAGAAAAAAUGACUAGAGACCUGCGCUUGACGUCUUUUUGAUGAUGUCGGACCGGAAAGGGAAAAUUGUAAUGCUGGACCUGGUCCGCAAAGGGUUAAACUUUUUCAACAGAUAAAAUCCUAUGAUAUUAUAAAUUUAUUAAAAGAAAUUCUGUGUUCCUUCAAUAGUAAAGCCACUCCUGUUAUAAUGCCAGAUUGCAUUUGUCCCUUGAAUGCCCUUCAUAACACUGUAUUUAAAUAGAUACAUAAUUAUUUUUUCAGCAGCUACUAAACAGAAUCCGGUCUGCUGCCAUGGACAGUGUGAAGAUGGAAUCUGUCCAGAUUAAAGAGGAGUUUUCUGAACUUGAACCUGCCCCCAUUAGAGUGGAGUUCUCUGGGCUGGCUUCCCUCCCCAUUAAACAGGAGCUCUGUGAGAUGCAAUGUGACAGCAGUCAGCCAGAGGUCUCUGAGAUUAAAGCUGAGCACAAUGAAUUGGAGAUCCCCCAGACAGAAGAACCCCUUCCUGUUAAACAAGAAGAGGUGCUGGAAACUGUCCGUAUUAAACAGGAGCCCCCUGAAGUAGAGUUUGACCACAUGGAACCAGGGAAGGAAGAAUCCGAGGACUUCAAACCAAACAUCCCUGAGCUGGAGCCUGUACGCCUGCGGGAGUGUAGCGUGGUGCUGGAGAGAAUCUGCGUGAGAGAGCAAGGCGCUGGAGAGGAAGGCUCUCCCAACAGCACGCAAGGAGGUGGAAAGGAAGACGGGCGCUCCCAUUCAGAAUGCAGUCUAGCAGGUUCCAGUCCAGCAGCUAAAGCGAGGGCGGGCGGUGGAGAAUAUCCUGACUGUGGGAAAGGUUUCACCCAGUUAGGAAACCUGAAAACACACCAGCGAAUUCAUACAGGAGAGAAACUGUAUAGCUGCUCUGACUGUGGAAAGAAUUUCAGUGGUUCAGGAACCCUAAUAAGACACCAGCGAAUUCACACAGGAGAGAAACCGUAUUGCUGCUCUGACUGUGGGAAGAGUUUCAUUCAGUCAGAACACCUGAAAAGACACCAGCGAAUUCACACUGGAGAGAAACCAUUUUGCUGCUCUGACUGUGGGAUGAGUUUCAAUCAGUCAGGAGACAUGAAAAAACACCAACGAAUUCACACUGGAGAGAAACCAUUUUGCUGCUCUGACUGUGGGAUGAGUUUCAGUUACAGAGGAGCCCUGAAAGCACACCAGCAAAUUCAUCUAGGAUAUAGCCUGUAUUGCUGCUCUGACUGUGGGAAGAGUUUCAGUUUUUCAGGGUACCUGAAAACACACCAGCGAAUUCACAAAGGAGAGAAACCGUAUUGCUGCUCUGACUGUGGGAAGAGUUUCAGUCAGUCAGGAGCCUUGAAAAAACACCAGCGAAUUCACACUAGAGAGAAACCAUAUAUCUGCUCUGACUGUGGGAAGAGUUUCAGCCACACAGAAUCCCUGAAAACACACCAGCGAAUUCAUACAGGAGAGAAACCGUAUUGCUGCUCUGACUGUGGGAAGAGUUUCAGUCAGUCAGGAGACAUGAAAACACACCAGCGAAUUCACACUGGAGAGAAACCAUAUAUCUGCUCUGACUGUGGGAAGAGUUUCAGUCACACAGUAUCCCUGAAGGCACACCAGCGAAUUCAUACAGGAGAGAAACCAUAUUGCUGCUCUGACUGUGGAAAGAGUUUCCGUUUUAAAACCAAUCUUCAUACACACCAACGAAUUCACACAGGAGAGAAACCGUAUCACUGCUCUGACUGUGGGAAGAGUUUCCGUACUAAAAAUGACCUUCGAGUACACCAACGAACUCAUACAGGAGAGAAACCGUAUUGGUGCUCUGACUGUGGCAAGCACUUCCGUCAGGCAGGAGCUCUGAAAUCACACCAGAGACGAAGCCCAUGUUCAUUCAGAUCGAAACCUUGCUUUCCCACUCGUGUCAACGUCAUAUUCCUCCGACAGACAAGAACCAAUCAAAACGCGAGACUGUUAAGCAGUUCCAUCCCCAAAACCGGGGCUGCGUCAUACCUCCGCGUCUUUUCAAAGAGGAGAACAACAACAACAAACGCCAGAAAUUUAAAAGAAAAAAGAUUGAGCUCCGCAGAGUUGUUUUUAAUGUAUUUAACAUUUUGUUGCGCACCACUUGACAAGGCGUGGACGAUAAAUAAGAAAAAAGUGAAGAUGGAAUCUGUCCAGAUUAAAGAGGAGUUCCCUGAACUUGAACCUGUCCCCAUUAGAGUGGAGUUCUCUGGGCUGGCUUCCCUCCCCAUUAAACAGGAGCUCUGUGAGAUGCAAUGUGACAGAAGUCAGCCAGAGGUCUCUGAGAUUAAAGCUGAGCACAAUGAAUUGGAGAUCCCCCAGAUGGAAGAAUCCCUUCCUGUGAAACAAGAAGAGGUGCUGGAAACUGUCCGUAUUAAACAGGAGCCCCCUGAAGUAGAGUUUGAGCACAUGGAAGCAGUGAAGGAAGAAUCGGAGGACUUCAAACCAAACAUCCCUGAGCUGGAGCCUGUACGCCUGCGGGAGUGUAGCGUGGUGCUGGAGAGAAUCUGCGUGAGAGAGCAAGGCGCUGGAGAGGAAGGCUCUCCCAACAGCACGCAAGGAGGUGGAAAGGAAGACGGAUGCUCACAUUCAGAAUGCAGUCUAGCAGGUUCCAGUCCAGCAGCUAAAGCGAGGGCGGGAGGUGGAGAAUAUCCUGACUGUGGGAAAGGUUUCACCCAGUUAGGAAACCUGAAAACACACCAGCGAAUUCACACUGGAGAGAAACUGUAUCGCUGCUCUGACUGUGGGAAGAGUUUUAGGGAUUCAGGAACCCUGAAAAGACACCAGCGAAUUCACACAGGAGAGAAACCGUAUUGCUGCUCUGACUGUGGGAAGAGUUUCAUUCAGUCAGGACACCUGAAAAGACACCAGCGAAUUCAUACUGGAGAGAAACCAUUUCGCUGCUCUGACUGUGGGAUGAGUUUCAGUCAUUCAGGAGACAUGAAAAAGCACCAACGAAUUCACACUGGAGAGAAACCAUUUCGCUGCUCUGACUGUGGGAUGAGUUUCAGUCAUUCAGGAGACAUGAAAAAGCACCAACGAAUUCACACUGGAGAGAAACCAUUUUGCUGCUCUGACUGUGGGAUGAGUUUCAGUCAUUCAGGAGACAUGAAAAAACACCAGAGAAUUCACACAGGAGAGAAACCGUAUUGCUGCUCUGACUGUGGGAAGAGUUUCAGUUUUUCAGGAGACAUGAAAAAACACCAGAGAAUUCACACAGGAGAGAAGUCGUAUUGCUGCUCUGACUGUGGGAAGAGUUUCCGUUUUAAAAACAAUCUUCAUACACACCAACAAAUUCACACAGGAGAGAAACCAUAUCACUGCUCUGACUGUGGGAAGAGUUUCCGUUUGAAAACCAACCUUCAUAUACACCAACGAAUUCACACAGGAGAGAAACCGUAUCACUGCUCUGACUGUGGGAAGAGUUUCCGUUUUAAAGCCAACCUUCUUACACACCUACAAAUUCACACAGGAGAGAAACCGUGUCACUGCUCUGACUGUGGGAAGAGUUUCCGUACUAAAAAUGACCUUCGAGUACAUCAACGAAUUCAUUCAGGAGAGAAACCGUAUUGGUGCUCUGACUGUGGCAAGCACUUCCGUCAGGCAGGAGCUCUGAAAUCACACCAGCGAAUUCACAACGGUGACAAAGCCCAUGUUCAUUCAGAACGAAACCUUAACCUUGCAUUAUGAGUCCCUGUGUAAUUUACUGUUUUGUGUAUCGCUCUAAGAGCUUGAAUUUUAAAUGGUCAAAAUGCUGUUCAGCAACUAGCACUCUGAUUGUGUCAGAAAGUGGGCGGAGACGCGGACACGUCACAAGAGGCUUCUCUGCUGUCAGUUUAACUCAGGCUGUCAAUGCAGUCAUAAGAACAUAAGAAAGUUUAACAACGAGAGGAGGCCAUUCAGCCCAUCUUGCUCGUUUGGUUGUUAGAUCCCAGAAUCUCAUCGAGCAGUUCUUGAAGGAUCCCAGGGUGUCAGCUUCAAUAACAUUACUGGGGAGUUGGUUCCAGACCCUCACAAUUCUCUGUGUAAAAAAGUGCCUUCUAUUUUCUGUUCUGAAUGCCCCUUUAUCUAAUCUCCAUUUGUGACCCCUGGUCCUUGUUUCUUUUUUCAGGUCGAAAAAGUCCCCUGGGUCGACACUCUCAAUACCUUUUAGGAUUUUGAAUGUUUGAAUCAGAUCACCGCAUAGUCUUUGUUCAAGACUGAAUAGAUUCAAUUAUUUUAGCCUGUCUGCAUACGACAUGCCUUUUAAACCCGUGAUAAUUCUGGUCACUCUUCUUUGCACUCUUUCUAGAGCAGCAAUAUCCUUUUUGUAUCGAGGUGACCAGAACUGAACACAAUAUUCUAGGUGAGGUCUUACUAAUGCAUUGUAAAGUUUUAACAUUACUUCCCUUGCUUUAAAUUCAGCACUUCUCACAAUAUAUCCCAGCAUCUUGUUGGCCUUUUUUAUAGCUUCCCCACAUUGUCUAGAUGAAGACAUUUCUGAGUCAACAUAAACUCCUAGGUCUUUUUCAUAGAUCCCUUCUUCAAUUUCAGUAUCUCCCAUAUGAUAUUUAUAAUGCACAUUUUUAUUGCCUGCAUGCAAUACUUUACACUUUUCUCUAAUAAAUGUCAUUUGCCAUGUGUCUGCCCAGUUCUGACUGCUGUCUAGAUCAUUUUGAAUGACCUUUGCUGCUGCAACAGUGUUUGCCACUCCUCCUAUUUUUAUGUCGUCUGCAAAUUUAACAAGUUUGCUUACUAUACCAGAAUCUAAAUCAUUAAUGUAAAUGUAAAUUAAUGAUUUAGUUACACCACUGGUUACCUUGCUCCAUUUUGAGGUUUCUCCUCUAAUCAGUACUUUCCGUUUUCUACAUGUUAACCACUCCCUAAUCCAUGUGCAUGCAUUUCCUUGAAUCCCUACUGCAUCCCUUCCUUUCUGCAUAUUCCCGAUCCCAGUCAUUGCCUGGGAGCGGGAAUAUGCAGAAAGGAAACUAUUCUGCACCUCAUCUGAUGGACGAGUCAGGAGAAAUUGAUAACUCAGUGUGGGGAAUCAGUAUCAGGGUUUAGCAUUUAAACUUCAUAGACUUGAAAAUAAAUAAAUUGAUGGAACGAGUAUCCCGACCCCGGUAUGUAGCAUCCCAGAGACAAGACUGCACCGUCCUUACUGGACAACCGUCUGCAGGGUUUUAUUCUGUAAUCCCUGAUUAAAAAAGAUCGUGUUGCACCUGGACUCCAAGGUGAGAGGUUGAAGAUGAAUAAUCCUUUGUGCUAGGGUUAGGUUUUCAGUAAGAAGAGAGAGCUACUCAUUUAACGCAGAAGCAAAUUAUUUUGGAGCCUUCCCAGGGAAGAAAUGUGAAUGAAAUGAAACAUCCUAGUUCAAACAGCUGAGUGUAAAGGAUUGUUGGAAAUGUAUUCACUUGCAUCCACAUUAGCAUCUCUGUUCUGUAUUUUAGUGUCGUUUGGGGACUUCAGUUCCCAUGAUGCAUUUCGAGUUGCCAUGCUGCUCACACAAAUACGUGCGCUCCUUGAAGACAAGUGGAGGUGCUGAAAGCGAUGGAUAAUGCAGCACCGUACAAGAAAAAGAAAGAUGCUGCUGCAGAUUUCAACAUUCCCACAAGCACUUUGAAAACCGUUCUGAAAUAACGGGAUACAAUAAUACAGGCCUGUGAACAGCAAACUGGAUGCAAGUCGUCAGCGUUUCUGAUUUGCUCAAUACCUGAUGCUGAGGACGCCUUGCUUCUGUGCUUUAAAAAUGCCUGUGAUCAGAAUGUGCCUGAAUCUGGAAUCACUAUGAGACACACCCUGAGGAAUGAGCACAGCAGCUGGGACAUGCACAUUUCAACUGCAUUUCAUUUGCCAUGUAUACUUUUUAAAAGCUCACUUACAACUGUAAUUACAUUUAUAAUACUUUUCACUGUAGCCGACUGUAAUUGAAAUUUGAUUUCAGUCUCACUGUAACUUCAAUACAAACUGACCAUAUGCAUUUGAGACUGCUGAUAAUCAGAAUUACUGAUAACACUUUUUUGCUGGUCCCUUGAAAUUCAUUUUCAUGAGAAUUGACAGUAUGUGUAUAUGUGGUGUACAUGCGCGUCCGCAGUUAGGAACUGGUUUAGGGUGCAAUAAGUAAACUAUAUAACAAUAUAUAACAAGCAUCAUUACAUUUAGAUUUGCUCCCCCCAGUCAUACAGUUAAUAAAGCGUUUUAAAAAACAAUCACCAUCUGAAAUAAACAACCAAAGAACAUUCUGCAUUGAAACUGAGUUAAAAAAUGUUUUACUGACUAUACCUUACUACUUCUUAUCAUUUGCAUGAUUUAUUUUAAUUGCAAAUCUAUAUACUGCACUAUUUCAGUUUUGUUACAGGAUACAUUAGUUUAUCUCUAAUGUAAUCACAGUUUUAUAUAUACACUGCCCCUGUUCUGAGGCUAUAUGCCAAAUUCUGGACCGCUUUGCUUUUCAGAUAACGUCCCAAAUUCUGGGCUUUUCUGCUGUUCCGAAUUCAGCCGAGUUUAUGGGAUGUUCUGCUCUACACAUGACAGCCCAGUUUCUAGGUCAUACUCUCCCCAAAUUUUGUUUUAAGAAGAAACAGAAAUCAAUUUUUUUUUUUAAAGCUUAUUUAUUUAUUACAAUGAAUAAACUGCAUUGCACUGAAAUAGAUUAUUAAAGGUUAAUAUUAAAAUACAUUUUUGAGAAGGAACAUGGUAUUCCAAAAAAAGGACAUCUCAUUAGCUUAUGUAAUGUCCAUCAAUAUAUAGUCAUGCGUAGGGGUUUAUCAGACCUCAAUAUGAAUAGAAUAGUGGAAUUCAACAUAUUUUAUAAACCUAUCACAUGCAAAUAAAUAAAAAAAAAAUACAAAAAGGCCUAUAUCUGCUCUUUAGCUUAUUUGGUUUUAAGAGACCAGCGCCCUUCAACAACUUAACAUGGAUAUUAUUGGAUUGCAUUGGUCAAUUACUCCUCAUCUAUUCCUGAUAGUUAUACUGUAGGCUAGCGUGAGCAAGAUGGCUUGUGGGUGACGUCAGACCAGGAAGAGACACACAGUACUGGGAGGUAUGAAGUGCUGUUGGGCGAGUUUAUUGCCAAUUAAAGAUUUAAACAAACAAACAAAACACUUUGCAAAAUAAUAUGGCACGGUGGCCAAAACACAAAAUAAAGCGAACACUAAAUAAAACGUAAUGACAGUGCACGCUGGUGUAAUGACAGUGCACGCUGGUGUAAUGAUAGCACGCUGGUGUAAUGACAGUGCACGCUGGUGUAAUGCCAGUGUGCGCUGGUGUAAUGCCAGCACGCUGGUGUAAUGACAGCACGCUGGUGUAAUGACAGCACGCUGGUGUAAUGACAGUGCGCGCUGGUGUAAUG